AUGAAGUCCUUGAGUCAAAUGCUGCCUCAGAAAUCUAGAUAUGAUAAUUUUAACUUUGACGGUGUGUCAAGGUGCAACCAUAAAGGGACAAUUGCUGCAGGAGUGAGGGUAGUGCUGAUCGAUCCUCGUGGACAUGUCCUUCCUCGAGCCUACUCAUUGACCAAGCCAUACUACAAUAAUAUGGUUGAGUAUAAUGCCCUUAUAAUUAGCUUACAACUUGCUCAAGACAUGGGCAUCAAAUACCUUGAAGCAUACGGUGAUUGCAAAUUUAUCGUUAAUCAAAUUAAAGGAGAAUAUGAAGUCUGCCACAAUAAUCUUAUACCUUGCCAUGAAGCAUUAAGGAAGCUUGUCCAUUCAUUCAAAGGCUUCUACAUCAGUUUUGUAGCCCACCUUGAAAACACUUAUGCAAAUGCUUUGGCAUCUCUUGUAGCUACUCUUGACUUGACUUCUAAAUCUACAAAGCAUAUAUCAGUAGCUAUCCAUCAAUUACGUUCCCCAAGGCAAAUUCUCGAAUCCAACAAAGUACAUGCCAUGCCAAUUCACUUCGAGGCUAAUGGUUGGUGCUUCCUAAUCAUUGAUUAUGUCUUGCAGGGAAUAUCACCUGAUAGUCUAAAGCAAGCACUCUCCAUUCAAAGAAGGGCUUCACGCUUCUUCUAUGAUACUACUACAUAG